GGCGCUAAAGUGAGCCCGCGAGCUCCGAGAACGGCGGUCUGGUCCUUUAAGCUCCACGGGGCGGAGUCUAGGGCGGAAGUAAUAGGGCCGGGCUGGACUCCGGCAAAUGAAAGGCGGAAGUUCCCAAUUUUGCAGUCAUGGCGCAGGAAGGGGAAGAUAUCAGAGAUUACAAUUUGACUGAGGAACAGAAGGCAAUCAAGGCCAAGUAUCCGCCAAUCAAUAGGAAGUUCGAGUAUUUGGAUCAUACAGCGGAUGUCCAGUUACACGCAUGGGGAGAUACUCUGGAGGAAGCAUUUGAGCAAUGUGCAAUGGCCAUGUUUGGUUACAUGACAGAUACUGGGACUGUGGAACCCCUCCAAACCAUAGAAGUAGAAACUGAAGGAGAUGACUUACAGUCUCUUCUGUUUCACUUUUUGAAUGAGUGGCUUUAUAAGUUCAGUGCUGAUGAAUUCUUCAUACCCCGGGAAGUGAAAGUACUUAAUAUUGAUCAAAGAAAUUUCAAAUUACGGUCAAUUGGGUGGGGAGAAGAAUUUUCAUUGUCCAAGCACCCUCAGGGAACGGAAGUCAAAGCAAUAACAUAUUCAGCAAUGCAAGUCUAUAAUGAAGAGAAGCCAGAAGUUUUUGUGAUCAUUGAUAUUUAAGACACCAGAAAAAAAAGACACUCCUAUAAAUGACUGUUUUUUUCCUCUUCCUUUUUAGAGGAUACCAUGACUUAAAUUCUGUAAUAUCUUUUGAUAUGUGAAAAUUUGUAGAGUGUACAUUUUUAAUGUGAAGUGUGACUUUCUGAAAUGAAAAAUCAGGGCACAGUCUUGGCCUCUGUUUCUCAGAUAUUCAAAUUUUAAAGAGUUCGUCAGUUCUUGUGG